GAACAUAAUAUUGUGAUAGUAAACAUAUAUAAAACUUCUUCGCUAAAGUUGUAGUUCAGUUCGUGUUAGAAAAAGAAUAAAUGGAAUUCAGCAUGAAUCGUCUGGUGGUGUUCGCAGCCUGCUUGGUCUUAGUAUCCGGCGCAGCGGUGGAGAACAGGAACUCAGUGAAAUUGACAGUUUUCUAUGAGAGUUACUGUCCAGAUUGCAUCGAGUUUAUCACCACACAGCUGAUGAGCACUUGGGAAUAUUUCAAGCAACACUUGCAAUUAGACUUGGUACCUUUUGGAAACGCUGAGCAAACUUACGACCAUGGCCACUUCAAAUUCACGUGCCAACACGGGCCCAAGGAGUGUGUGGGCAACAUCCUGCACUCCUGCGCCAUCCAUGAGGCUUGCGGUAACAAAGGAACAUUCCAUUGUCCCGUGCACAAGCUGAAGAUGCCUAUGAACUACAUCAACUGUGUGGUCCAACAGCAAGACCAACAGGCAGCUAGCGAUAAGUGUGCGACUGACGCUGGCCUGACUCCGGACGUAAUCAACAAAUGCGCCAACAGCAAACUGGGUGAAGUACUUGAGAGUCGAUAUGGCAACGAGACAAAAGCCUUCAGACCCAAAGUCAAUUAUGUAGCUUUCAUAGCCGUUAAUAACACACCGCUAACUCUAACCUUGUACUAUGAGAGUUAUUGUGACGACUGCAUACGAUUCCUGGAGAACCAACUGUCCAUAGCUUGGCAGCUGUUCAAGGAUGACUUACGAUUGGAUAUGGUACCUUUUGGAAAAGCUAAGAAAUUAAAUUUACGAGAUGGAGGAUCAGAGUGCGCUUGUCAGCACGGGCCCAAAGAGUGCCUUGGCAACAAGCUGCACGCAUGCGCCAUCUUGCAGGCGUGUGGCGAAUCAGGAACGCUGCGAUGUGCACCAGACCAGUUGAGUCACGUGAUCAAUUACAUUUUGUGCGUCGAAAAGACUCCGAAUCAACAUAAAGCCACACACCAGUGCGCAGAAUCCCAGAGCCUCGACCCUACCGCUAUAAUCCAGUGUGCUACAAGUCAUCUAGGAGACGAGUUACACAGUCACUAUGGCAACCGAACCAGAAGCUUCAGUCUUAAGGGAAUGAUCGACUUUGUACCUACCGUGGUGCUCGAUGGGGAGGAAGAGAGUUUGGCUGUGUACGACCUGGUGUGGGAGAUUUGUAAACUUCGCCCAAGAUUGUGCACUGCGGAUGCGGGUGCCCGUAACUCUCUGGACGAAGUUAUACCUCGUUAUUGCUCAGAUCGAGACAAACAUAUUUUACUAUAUGAGCAUGGGUCUCUGAUGUUUAGUUCCCCAUCUGUCUGUCUUGUUGCUCCUCUGUUCGACGUUCUGAGAAUGAAGAUGAAAAUACUUCCUGUGUUUGCAGUCAGUUUGAUCUUGAACUCAGCUGCUGGGAUUGAAGAGAAUCCACUAAAGGUGACCCUGUUCUACGAAAGUUACUGUCCAGACUGUAUUCAGUACAUAGAGAGCCAGUUGUCAGUCGCUUGGGAAAGAUGGAGCAGCAAAAUCCUAGUAGAUAUGGUGCCUUUUGGUAAUGCCAAGCAACACUGGGAUCAUGGGCGUGUCAAGUUCGAGUGUCAGCACGGACCCAAGGAGUGCACUGGCAACAAGCUACACGCAUGCGCCAUACAGCAGGCGUGUGGCGAGUCAGGAACUGCGGGCUGUACGCCGCAACAGCUUAGUCACGUGAUCAACUAUGUCAUGUGUGUAGAGAAAGAUCCGGACCAGCGGGGAGCAAGUGAUCGGUGCGCUACACAAGAGGGACUACAACCUGGUGGAGUCAGGAAGUGUGCACUGAACGCCAAAGGUGAUACACUUCUCAGUUUUUACGGCAAUCGCACAUCGGCCUUUCGACCGAAGAUUCAUUACGUACCAACUGUAGCUAUAAAUGGGAAACACGAUAAAGCAGCUGAGGAAGACCUGAUAGGCGAAAUCUGCAAGCUGAGGCCGAUACUGUGUAAAACGGCUGACACAGAGACCAACCUCGUCCUCAGCUGAGAUAGAUGAUUACUGUGCACUCAUUUCUGUAUUCA